AUGAUUGCAGCUCCUUUAAACCAAUUUGGUGAUUACUACUUACAGAUAAGACGGCCCAAGCUACACGUUAAAGGAAAUGCCUGUAAUGAGGACUGUGAGUUGCCUGUGUCUUGUCAGCGUUUCGGCACUGUAGACCUGACAGAUGGACCAGGGCGGUCUGACACCGUUGAACAAUAUGGGAACUUUGGAGUCAUUAGUAGGUUUUGCAAGGCCGAGGCUGUCGCUGAAGUGGAGGUCCCUGGAGGCGCCCCAGCCACUGGCUCUCCCAGGCUGGUCCACCGUAAACUUGUGGAACACGACCUAAGGGGUGCUACAUCCAUUGUGUACAGAUGCAAACAGAAGGGGACUCAGAAGCCUUAUGCUCUCAAAGUGUUAAAGAAAACAGUGGACAAAAAAAUCGUAAGAACUGAGAUAGGAGUUCUUCUUCGCCUCUCACAUCCAAACAUUAUAAAACUCAAAGAGAUAUUUGAAACCCCUACGGAUAUCAGUCUGGUCCUGGAACUUGUCACAGGAGGAGAGCUGUUUGACAGGAUUGUGGAAAAAGGAUAUUACAGUGAACGAGAUGCUGCAGAUGCUGUUAAACAAAUCCUGGAGGCCGUUGCUUACCUCCAUGAAAAUGGGAUUGUCCAUCGUGAUCUCAAGCCGGAGAAUCUCCUCUAUGCAACUCCAGCCCCAGAUGCACCACUCAAAAUUGCUGAUUUUGGACUCUCCAAAAUUGUGGACCAUCAAGUGCUCAUGAAGACGGUGUGUGGAACCCCAGGGUAUUGCGCACCUGAAAUUCUUAGAGGCUGCGCCUACGGACCUGAGGUGGACAUGUGGUCUGUGGGGAUAAUCACCUACAUCCUACUUUGUGGAUUUGAACCAUUCUAUGAUGAGAGAGGUGACCAGUUCAUGUUCAGGAGAAUUCUGAAUUGUGAAUAUUACUUUAUCUCCCCCUGGUGGGAUGAAGUAUCUCUAAAUGCCAAGGACUUGGUCAGGAAAUUAAUUGUUUUGGAUCCUAAGAAACGGCUGACUACCUUCCAAGCUCUCCAGCACCCAUGGGUCACAGGCAAAGCAGCCAAUUUUGUACACAUGGAUACUGCUCAAAAGAAGCUCCAAGAAUUCAAUGCCCGACGCAAGCUUAAGGCAGCAGUGAAGGCCGUGGUGGCCUCCUCCCGGCUGGGCAGCGCCAGCAGUAGCCAUGGCAGCAUCCAGGAGAACCAGAAGGCCAGCCGAGAGCCAUCUCCAGUCCACGAUGGCAGUGAAGCUGCUGUUGAAGCUGUUCCAACAGAGAAAGUUAAAAAAGAUGGGGCCCAAGUGACAGCUGAGAUGGCAGAGGCUGAGCUGAGGAAGAGCUGGGCUGAAGAAGAAAAUCAAAAUGCUGAUACAAAUGAUGCUGAGGCCAACUUGAUGGUGCCCAAGGCCCCAGAGGAUGGGAUAGAGGUGGCUGACCCAGAAGUAGAGGAGGGCCCAGCAGAGGAGCAGCUGAACAUUGUGAAGGAAGAAGCAAACCCUGAAGCAGAGCAAGAAGAGCCUGGAGAGCCUGCUGUGGGAUUUGGAGCUGAGCAGAAUGAUGUGGUCCUGCCAGAGCACUAAGCUGGCUUCCUUCCAAUCUGGAAGCCAACUCCCGGUACUUCAUACAUUUCGUUCUUCAGCAAGGAAGGCGUGGAAGCAUGACAUGCGCUAUAGUGAUUCUGUUUUUGAGUGAGGUGCAAAAAUAUAUAUAUGUAUCAGCUGGUAAUCCUAA